AUGUCAUCAUUCUUUUUCAAAAGUUACCUCGGGUUUGGAGGAAGCCCUGCGGUGGAUGAGCUUGAACGAGGAAAAAACCCAAUUCGCGCCCUGCCAGCCAGCUGGUACACCUCGCCAGACCUCUACGAGCUUGAAAGGCGGGCGAUUUUCUCCAAGAGGUGGCUCCUUACCACUCACAAGUCGAGGCUUAUGAAACAGGGUGACUGGUUAAGGUACGAUGUGGCGGGCUUUCAAUUUAUAAUCACUCGCGACCGACAGGACAACAUCAACGCUUUCCACAAUGUUUGCAGACACAGAGCUUUCCCCAUUGUGACCAAAGAGACUGGCCACAACAGUGUGCUUGCCUGUAAAUACCAUGGCUGGUCGUACGGCUUGAACGGCAAGCUGGCAAAGGCCCCGGGGUACCAAGACAUGGAGGACUUUGACAAAUCCAAAAAUGGCCUGUUUCCUCUUCAUGUCCACAUCGACAAAAAUGGAUUUGUCUGGGUAAACAUGGAUUCGGGUGCUGUGCCCGAGGUUACCUGGGAUCAGGACUUUGAAGGGGUCGACGAGCAGCCGCGAUUCAAGAGUUACAACUUUGACGAUUACGUCUUCGACCACACCUGGGAGAUGGAAGGAGACUACAACUGGAAAAUCUUGGCCGACAACUACAAUGAGUGUUACCACUGCAAGACGACUCAUCCCGAUAUCCCAACCAUUGCAGACUUGAACUCGUAUUACGUCGAGACAAAGGGCUGCCAUAUCCAACACUUUGGAAACCCGAAGCCGGAACAAAUCGCGCGUGGGCUCAACGUCGCCAGCACAUACUUUUUCCCCAACGCCUCCAUGAAUGUCUCGCCACACUUUUUCUUUAUGCAGAGAUUUGUCCCCCUGGGCCCGAGCAAGGCGGUCAUGAAGUACGAAGUCUACAGAAACAAAACUUCGAGCGACGAAGAUUUCAAACUCAUUGAUGACAUUUACAAGCGAAUCAUGUCCGAGGACAAGAUUCUUUGUGCCAACGCCCAGAGGAACAUCAACAUCGGCGUGUUUGUGAAUGGGGAAAUGCACCCCAAGAUGGAAAAGGGCCCUCUAUAUUUUCAGAAGCUGGUGCGAGAGCUCUUGACGGAACACCACCAACUAGAGACGGAGGUGGGCGAGGAAAUAUGGCCAGCGCGUCAGACCCUGCCCAAGAACGCCGUGGCUACGGAGAGGGAUAUCAACUUUUGCUCAGCGGUCGACUGCUGCAAGAUCAACAGGGUGGUUGUGGAGGUGUAG